UACCCGAACAAAUAAUGAACUAAAUGGCCCAAACUAUGAAUGGCCCAGAUUAGCACUUUAAGCCUGCAUCCGUCUUUAAAGUUCCUCUGAACGAUGGGGAAGAGAUUACUCGAGGAAGGUCGCUAGAUUGUUCUUAAGGCGUUGUAUUAAUCCGUAGUAUCAAGAUGACAACAGAGAAAGCACCAGCUAUGGAUUCCUGCAGAAAGAAGAAGUCAGACGACGCCACAUUUCUUCAGGAUGUUAAAGAUCACAUCGAUGAGUUUGUUCAUGCUUCCAUGGAUGAACACAAAACCUGCUUCAAAAAGACCAUAUCAAAGAUGUUUGGGAUGUCUAAAGUUGUUGCAGAGAGAAAUGCUGCUGAGAAUAAGGGAAUUGAAAGCUCAUUGCCUCUUCGAACUGUUGUUUCCGAUUAAGGGUAUAACUUUGUUGUUUCCGAUUAAGGGUAUAAACUUGUAAUUUUUGCUUUAUGGGUUGUACAUCGAUAAAGCUUGGCAUUUCUUGUUUUGGGCAUGAAGUUCUUAUGUUAGCUUAUUUAAAAUUGGUAAGAUUUAAAGUCUUUUGAUAUAGAAAUCGAUAUAAUUGAAACUUGUGGAAAAAAUAGUCAAAGAUAUAUAUGAAAAUAUGAUGUUAUAAAACC